GUAGCGGGCGUCUUCAUCAAUUUGUUUUCGAGCCAUGGCUUCUCUAAUUCUCAGACGCCCCUUGAAUACUUUUGUGAACAAGAAUGUUCGUUAUCAAAUUAAACAAAACAUCCAGAUGACGGUACGUCGUCGUGCAGCUACUGACAGCAAAGCAGCAGCAGAUGCACAGAAAAUCGAGCAGACAUGGAUGCAGUAUUUCACUAGCACGCAUUUCUGGGGGCCAGUUGCGAACUGGGGUAUACCUCUAGCAGCCUUGGCUGAUAUGAAAAGAGAUCCUGAGAUCAUCAGCCCUAGAAUGACAGUAGCUCUGUGUGUCUAUUCUGCUCUCUUCAUGCGAUUUGCUUACAUGGUGCAGCCUCGUAACUGGCUACUGUUUGCCUGUCAUGUCACCAACGAGAGUGCUCAACUAGUACAACUCGGCAGAUACACCAUCUAUGCAAGGAGUAAAAAGGAGACAAAGUAAUGAACAGUGCAUUCGUCCCCUGAAGUAAACCAUAUUUUUAGAUACAUAUUUAAUGUUCUGAAGAUAUUUUAUAUAUUAUAUAUACAUGGAAUUACACAGGCUACAUGUAUAGUUUAUCAUUAUAAGAUGGCUAUUCCAGUGUGGUGGGAAGUUUUAGGAGGUCUCAAAAGUGUCAAAUUGAAAAGCAAUACAACUGUAGAAGGCAUAUUUUAACUGUAUUUAUACAUUAUUGUGGACUUUAUGGUAUGUUGUUUGGGAUGAAAAAAAAUAAAUUGUUAAAUGGUGACAGCAUGGUGAGAAAUUGAUUUUUGUGUGGAGAUGGUGAUGUCUUUGUAGGCUGUAUUGUACUCAAAUUUAAACCUGAGUUUGGGCUUUUAAUUGUUGAAAAUCCAGGGUAGCAAAGUCUGAGGCUUUAGUUUUACUUUGUUAUUUAACUGCUAUCUUAGACACAAGAUCAGGUUAGAUUCAAUUAGUAGAGUACAGACCAUGGUGUUCACGUCUUUUGCAAGAAAGGAACUUACAUUUAGAAAUUGGGUUUUAGGUGUUUGAGAAAUAUUUAAUUAACCAGUUGAAUACUGAAUACCUUCAUUGCCAUAGGCUUUAUACAGUAGCCACCAGGUUCGAGAGUUGAUGGGUUAAUUGGUGAAAGAUAGUGGUACCUGAACAACCAUGUGAAACACAAACUGCAUUAUUGUUUUGGGGGCAGAGAGGUAGAACUAUGAUAGAGCUGAUGGGUAUCUCUAGUUCAUGUAUCUAGAUUAUGCAAAAUAUUCUGUCAAAUAACACUUUCAAAUUCACCAACAUCAGCAUUAUUGUGCAUUUGACAUGUUCUGGAUGUAUCUUCAGUUUGAAUAAUGAUUUGCUUAGCUCCCUAUCUUGCUUGCUAGCAUUGAGAAAGUCUCUUAAUAAUGAGUUCCUUUUUACCAAAAAAAAAAAGGAAUCCUUUUUGAAAUAAAUCUGUAACUAAAAGCAUCUUUUCUCUGUUGAUUGCAUCGAUAAUUAGGGCACCAGGGUGUGAUUCAUUAUUCCAGAAUGGUUUUAAAUUGCAUAAUUUCUAAGUAAAAGCUCUGUAGGUCUUUGUUUCUUUAGCUAAAUGGGGGUAAAAAGGGAACCUGUGUGAUUAAAAUCAGGAAUGAGAAUUUCUCCAGCAGCUGCCAAAAUAUGUCUUUAUAGCACAAACAAGGUAAUCUCAAUUUCUUGAGAAGGUACAAAGAUAUCAAAUGAAUGAAGUCAGAAGAUAGUGUUCUGCCACGGAUGAUUAGUCAGUGUUUUUAGCCCGAGAUCCAAUGGUAGCUGAAGUUUCAUGCAUUUGUCCGAAACGCCCCCAUAUUACAAGGUAUCAGAAUCAUAGGAGCAUCGGAGCAUAGCAAUGUCAUAAUGGAUGUUUGAACAUGCCAGUGUCAAUACAGUUGGAGGCAUACAUGCAGUGAGUACAAACUUUUUUUUUGUGGGGGGGGGGGGGGGGUUGUGAAUCUACAUCAUAAGACCAUGCACAUUUUAAGAUUAUUAGAAUUGUUUAUUUUAUCAUGUAAUUUAUCAAGUAAUCUUUAUUUUCAUUAUGUAAUUUAUCAAGUAAUCAUCUUAAAUUGAUUUUAUUCUGAAGAAGUGAAAAACAUAAAAGCACAACUUAUAGACACCCAUGAUUCCUAUGAACUGGUUGACGAAGGAUUUCUUAGUCUUUGUAUAAUUGUGUAAACGGCAGUUCUUAGCCGUUUGGAAUGCCAACCCUUUGUAUUUUAUAAUUUUCUCUUUAUUUUAUUUUCUCACAUUUGUUUUCUUUGUUUUCUUUUGUUAUAGAAAAUAUAGUGCACAAACAUUUUUUAUAUUUUUUUAUUCAGACUUAUUUAAACAAAAUGUAUUCCUAAGAAGUGUAUGGUUUAGACACAUGAUGUAAUUUCAUCAACAAUGCAUAUGAUUAUUACUAAAACUACUUUCACUGUAUUUGAUGAAGAAUUCAUUCGUACUGAAGGGGCUACUAGUAUAUAAUCGUUAGCUGAAAAAUGAUCAAUUAUGAAUCGGCAAUUAACUCAUGUGUGUGAUUGUUCCGCUGGAGUUAACUGGUAAUGUUUUUUAAAAUGACUGAUGGCAAUUAUGUGACUCAAAUUAAAUAUAUUAAAAAAAAGAAAGAC